AGCAGCCUUUCACUUGUCUGCAACAUUCUUGAUCACUUCCAACAGCGCAGAUCAGCUCCGACUAACAGAUCAACCUCUCAUCCUGCUCCUGUGACAGAGAGACUCCAACAUGCUCUUCCUGUUCCUCUUCUUGUUUGGUCUGGCUCUGGGGGCAGCUUCUCCUUCAGGUGAACGUCCAUUGAAGCUACAGCGUGGUAACUGUCCCCCGUUCUGGUACAGCUUCAACAACCGCUGCUACAAGUACAUCGCCUCACAAAUGACCUGGGCUGAUGCAGAGCUCUACUGUGUGUCACAGACGGCCAACCUGGUGUCUAUCCACAGUCAGGGAGAAAACAAUUUCAUCCAAUCCCUGAUCAGUAACUUUGAUCCUUCUCAGGGAUACACCUGGAUCGGACUCAGUGACAUCCACAAAGAAGGCAGAUGGAUGUGGUCUGAUGGAUCUGCAGUCAACUUUGUCUUGUGGAACAAAGGAGAGCCAAACAACAGUGGAGGAAAGGAACACUGUGCCCACAAGUAUGGCAGUGCGUUGAUAUGGAAUGACGCUACAUGUUCACGUAAAUCAUCUUUUGUUUGUGUGUCUCGCACUUAAGAUAUGAGAAGGUUAUGUCUGUUUCAACCUGACGACUUUCCACCUGUUGUUCCAAUAAUUGAUAAGGAACACAAAUGUAUACAUUAUUUUAUGUGUAAAUAAGUCAUUUCACUAAUCUUCAUUUUUAUGAACUCUGGAUACUCACCAGUUAAAACCAGCGAUUGGUCAAUUGAAAAACAUCCACAUCUUUUUAAUGAGCUUAAAAUGUUUUUCUUCCUCGUUGAAUCAUACCAAAAAUGUAUUAUUGAGAGAAUUACAACAGGUGUUGUUUAAAAUCAUAUGUGUUUUUGUAUCAUUUGACAAGCUGUUCAUACUCUUCUGUGGUUAGAUGAAUAAAAGAACAGUUCAUAUUUUACUGCUGAUUCUG